AUGGCCAUCGAAUCUCCAUCACAAUCCCCAUCCCCCUCCCCAUCCCAAGCAGCCCGCCUCCUCAGCCGCACCAACGCCGUAAAAACAACAACGGGGCUAGCCCCCGGCUACCUGCAAGCAAACCUCGUCAUUCUGCCCUCGCGCUACUCAUCGGCCUUCCAAGACCUCUGCGCCCGCAAUCCAGUCCCCUGCCCAUUACUCGGACUCACGCCCGUCGGAAACCCGCAGAAGAUUCUACCCGAGGGAUGCAUUAAGCAUGAUGACUUCGACAUCCGCACCGAUUUCCCGUCUUACGUCGUCCACGCCGAGGAUGGGAAGAGUGUACGCGUUAAAACUGAUAUUCUGGAUGAAUGGACGUCCGACCACGUCGGCUUCCUCAUAGGCUGCUCGUUUAGUUUCGAGGAUGCAUUGACGCGAAACGGGCUGCGGAUCUGCCAUCAACUUGCCGGGAACGUCGUCGCCAUGUAUCAGAGUACCAUCCCCGUUCUACCGGCCGGUGUGUUCUGGGGGAGUUCGAUGGUCGUGAGUAUGCGGACUUAUUUACCGAGUGAAAUUGAGAGGGUCAGGGAUAUCACGAGGCCGUUUCUCGCGACGCACGGGGAGCCCGUUGCGUGGGGGUGGGAGGGGGCGAAAUCGAUCGGGGUCAGGGAUAUCCAUAAUCCCGACUUUGGGGACGCGCAGGAGUUCAAGGAGGGGGAGGUUCCUGUUUUCUGGGUAUGCCGCUCGCCUCACUACCAUAAUGUGGCAUGCGGCGUUACGCCCCAGGUGGCGGUACGGCAUGCGGUGCGAGCUGGACGAGUGCAGGGCGUUACGAUGGCGCAUGAGCCGGGCCAUAUGCUUGUGACGGACUGGACGGUGGAGGAUCUGCCGCGGAUUCCGGGGAGGAUUGCGGAGCUGGGGAGGGUGUAG